GUUCGAUUAUGUAUUCAAAUGUUUAUAAAUAUUUUCUGAGGAAUAAGGAAAAACAAAAAAACAACUUACCAAACAUUGUAGUUUUUAGUAUUUACAAAACACUACGCAGCUUAUUAAAAAGACAAAAAUUGUAGGUACCUACUACUAGUAUUCCAGUUACUUCCAAAGGCAAACGACAGUCAUUGUUCAUAUAAAGUAAAAAUGCGUUUUUUGUACGUUGUAUUGUUGCUCGUAGCAGUUCUAACAAAGUUGUCAGUGGCACCUGAGCCUGAUAGAUAUGAGUCAGAUGGGUCUUGGGCAAGUAGAAGACCUGCGUAUAAACUAAAAGAACCACCACCGGAUGCUGUAAGGGACCCAACACUUAUAAUUUCAUUACUCAAUACUAUACAUUUUUUUCCAGCGGCUCAAGUAGAACCAUGGACAGAUGGAUCUUGGAGUGUUUUAAGACCUGCGUAUCCACUACCAGAGUAUCAAAAAAAGUCAUCCAAAAUAGCACAUCCACUACCAACUUUGGAAGAAGGACAAGAAUUUUUAAGAAGACAACAGUAUUAGCAACACCAGCCGCGCAAUUGCCGAACAGUCAGAUUAUGUAUAAAGCAUAAUCUUAAUUCUUUUAAAAUUAGCGCUUCACGCAAUAUAUGUACACUUUUAUUAGAAUAAAAUAAAAUCAAAAACUGUGUCCAUGCAAAUAAUUAAU